UGGCUGCCGGGCGCCGCGGCCGACGCCGAUUUCUCCAUCCUGGACGAGGCGCAAGUGCUGGCCAGCCAGAUGCGGAGGCUGACGACCGAGGAGCUGGGGGUCGUCACCAUGCAGCGGAUAUUCAACUCCUUUGUGUACACGGAGAAAAUCUCAAACGGAGAGAGUGAAGUGCAGCAGCUAGCCAAAAAAAUCCGAGAGAAGUUCAAUCGUUACUUGGAUGUGGUCAACCGGAACAAGCAGGUUGUAGAGGCAUCCUACACGGCUCAUCUGACCUCGCCCCUGACUGCGAUUCAAGACUGCUGCACCAUCCCGCCCUCCAUGAUGGAAUUUGAUGGCAACUUUAACACCAACGUGUCCAGAACGGUCAGUUGUGAUCGACUUUCAAAUACCGUUAACAGCCGGGCCUUCAAUCCAGGACGGGACUUAAAUUCAGUUCUUGCAGACAACCUGAAAUCCAACCCUGGAAUUAAGUGGCAGUAUUUCAGUUCCGAAGAAGGAAUUUUCACUGUUUUCCCGGCCCACAAGUUCCGCUGUAAGGGCAGCUACGAGCAUCGCAGUAGGCCCAUCUACGUCUCCACGGUCCGGCCUCAGUCGAAGCACAUCGUGGUGAUCCUGGACCACGGCGCUUCCGUGACGGACACCCAGCUGCAGAUAGCAAAGGACGCCGCCCAGGUCAUCCUUAGUGCUAUCGAUGAACACGACAAGAUUUCCGUGUUGACUGUAGCAGACGCCGUGAGGACCUGCUCCCUGGACCAGUGCUACAAGACCUUCCUGUCCCCAGCCACCAGCGAGACUAAGAGGAAAAUGUCCACCUUCCUUAGCAACGUCAAGCCUUCUGACAGCCCCACUCAGCACGCGGGGGGCUUCCAGAAGGCCUUCCAGCUGAUUCGACGAACCAACAGCUACACGAGGUUCCAAGCAAAUACAGACAUGGUCAUAAUUUACCUGUCAGCUGGCAUUACAUCAAAGGACUCUUCAGAAGAAGAUAAAAAGGCAACGCUCCGGGUCAUCAACGAAGAAAAUGGCUUUUUGAACAACUCUGUAAUGAUUCUCACCUAUGCCCUCAUGAACGAUGGGGUGACUGGCUUGAAAGAGCUGGCUUUUCUGCGAGAUCUGGCUGAACAGAACUCGGGGAAAUACGGCGUGCCGGACCGGUCCUCCCUGCCUGUGACUAAGGGCAGCAUGAUGGUGCUGAACCAGCUGAGUAAUCUGGAGACGACUGUGGGCAGGUUCUAUACAAACCUUCCCAACCGCAUGAUUGAUGAAGCUGUCUUCAGCCUCCCCUUCUCUGAUGAGAUGGGAGAUGGUUUGAUUAUGACUGUGAGUAAGCCCUGUUAUUUUGGAAACCUACUUCUUGGAAUUGUUGGUGUUGACGUCAACCUGGCUUACAUCCUUGAAGACGUAACAUAUUACCAAGACUCAUUGGCUUCCUAUACUUUUCUAAUAGAUGACAAAGGGUAUACACUUAUGCAUCCAUCUCUUACCAGGCCAUACUUACUAUCAGAACCCCCCCUCCAUACUGACAUCAUACAUUAUGAAAAUAUCCCCAAAUUUGAGUUGGUUCGGCAAAAUAUCCUAAGCCUCCCCUUGGGCAGUCAGGUCAUCGCAGUCCCCGUGAACUCCUCCCUGUCUUGGCACAUAAACAAGCUCAGAGACACCGGGAAGGACGCCUACAAUGUCAGCUACGCCUGGAAGAUGGUCCAAGACACGUCCUUUAUACUGUGCAUUGUGGUGAUACAACCAGAAAUACCUGUCAGACAACUGAAGAACCUCAACACUGUGCCCAGCAGCAAGUUGCUGUACCACCGGCUGGACCUCCUGGGCCAGCCUAGCACCUGCCUCCACUUCAAACAGCUGGCAACUCUAGAAAGUCCAACUGUCAUGCUGUCUGCUGGCAGCUUCUCCUCUCCCUACGAGCACCUCAGCCAGCCCGAGACGAAGCGCAUGGUGGAACACUACACAGCCUACCUCAGUGACAACACCCGCCUCAUUGCUAACCCAGGCCUCAAGUUCUCUGUCAGAAAUGAAGUCAUGGCUACCAGCCACGUCACAGAUGAAUGGAUGACACAAAUGGAAAUGAGUAGCCUGAACACUUACAUUGUCCGCCGUUACAUAGCAACACCCAAUGGCGUCCUCAGAAUUUACCCUGGCUCCCUCAUGGACAAAGCGUUUGAUCCCACUCGGAGACAAUGGUAUCUCCAUGCUGUGGCUAACCCAGGCUUGAUUUCUCUGACUGGCCCUUACCUGGACGUUGGAGGAGCUGGCUACGUAGUGACCAUCAGUCACACAAUUCACUCUUCUAGCACACAGAUGUCUUCUGGGCACACGGUAGCUGUGAUGGGCAUUGACUUCACGCUGAGAUACUUCUACAAAGUUCUGAUGGACUUAUUACCAGUCUGUAACCAAGAUGGUGGCAACAAAAUAAGGUGCUUCAUAAUGGAGGACAGGGGCUAUUUGGUGGCACAUCCAACCCUCAUUGACCCCAAAGGGCACGCACCAGUGGAGCAGCAGCACAUCACCCACAAGGAGCCCCUGGUAGCCAACGACAUCCUGAACCAUCCCAACUUUGUGAAGAAAAACGUUUGUAACAGCUUCAGUGACAGGACCGUCCAGAGGUUUUACAAAUUCAACACUAGCCUGGUGGGGGAUUUGACAAACCUUGUGCAUGGCAGCCACUGUUCUAAAUACCGACUGGCAAGGAUCCCAGAAACCAACGCUUUUGUCGGCAUCGUCAAUGAAACCUGCGACUCUCUGGCCUUCUGUGCGUGUAGUAUGGUGGACCGGCUCUGUCUCAACUGUCAUCGAAUGGAACAAAAUGAGUGUGAAUGUCCCUGCGAGUGCCCUCUAGAGGUCAAUGAGUGCACCGGCAGCCUCACCAAUGCAGAGAACAGAAACCCAAGCUGUGAGGUGCACCAAGAGCCAGUGACAUACACUGCCUUUGACCCUGGCCUCCAAGACGGCCUUCACCAGUGUGUCAACAGCAAGUGCAACCAGAGGGUGCAAAGUGGGGACUGUUUCGGUGUGCUGGAUUGUGAAUGGUGCAUGGUGGACAGCGAUGGCAAGACCCAUCUGGACAAGUCCUACUGUGCGCCCCAGAAGGAAUGCUUCGGGGGGAUCGUCGGAGCCAAAAGUCCCUACGUUGAUGAUGUGGGAGCAAUAGGUGAUGAGGUGAUCUCAUUGAACAUGAUCAAAAGUGCCCCCGUGGGUCCUGUGGCUGGCGGUAUUAUGGGCUGCAUCAUGGUGCUGGUCCUUGCUGUGUAUGCCUACCGCCAUCAGAUACAUCGUCGGAGCCAUCAGCAGAUGUCCCCUCUGGCUGCCCAAGAGAUGUCGGUGCGGAUGUCCCACCUGGAGACUGACCGGGAUGAAAGGGACGACGACAGCCGUGAAGACCGGGGCAUCAUCAGCAACACCCGCUUCAUCGCCGCCGUCAUGGAGCGGCACCCGCACAGCCCGGAAAGGAGGCGGCGCUACUGGGGCCGAUCAGGAACAGAAAGUGAUCAUGGCUACAGCACCAUGAGCCCGCAGGAGGACAGUGAGAACCCGCCCUGCAACAACGACCCCCUGACAGCAGGGGUGGACGUGGGACACCAUGACGAGGACUUGGAUCUGGACGCCCCACCUCAGACUGCUGCCCUCCUGAGUCACAAGUUCCACCACUACCGCUUACACCACCCCACCCUUCACCACAGCCACCACUUACAGGCCGCCGUGACCGUGCACUCGGUGGACGCGGAGUGCUAAUGCUGCCCUCGCCCCAGCCGCGGACGGACGGUCGGAGAAGACGGGGCCUGGGAUGGACGAGGCUCCAGAGAGAGAGAGGAGAGUGAGCCACCUGAACCCGCGCAGGGGCCCGUGGUCCAGUGGUUUCACUCAUUUCCCGCCUGUUCGCGCAUCUUCCACACCCAGCGAAGCAGCACGACACCGCCCUUGUGAAAGACGAGGGAGGCUGGUUCCGAGCCGGAGCACCAAGGGGCCUGUUGAAUGUACUUGCCGUAGCACGAGUGGCAUGGACAAGGGGCAGGCCUCAAACGGAGAGACACCAACCACCCUUUCAGUGACUCGUCGUCGGCGAGAACCUCGUUGAGCUGAGCCAGAGGAACGUGCGGGGAGGGAGGGCCGCCUGCGUGGGGUGCGCCCUGGCGCCAAGCCCCCCACGCUCAACGUGUCCCUUGUUUCUUAGCGGGCCCUCCAUACCCCAGUGGCUCCACGGGACCUGAGCUCUGGAUGACGCAUCUCAAAAUUUCUAAGUAAAGGAUUAUUUUUCUACUAUUUAUUGAACUUGCGAACAUUCUCAAACUUUAGGGGGGGGGGUCUGGCAGAAGGGGACAGAAACGUGUGAGAAGUAUCCCUAGUUGGUUUUGUGCGGGAUGAAGUGGUCCUUUGAUCAAAGGGCCUGUUUUUGUUCCUUUUGCCCGUUUUUCUUUCUUUGCAUAGCCUAUCCUACUGCCUGCGCCACAGGAUGGGGAAAGGGAGAAGUCUUCCUCCCUGACUUGUUUCCGCCUAUUCUCUUUAGAACACCGUUUUGUGGAGCCACGUCCUUGCUGGUCACAUGCAGUGUGCUUGCCGGGGCCUCCGCAGAGACGGAGGGCCAGAGGAGGCCGGGAAGUGUCCGAAGGGAAUUUUGUGUUUCUUGAUACCUCGGGUCUGUCAGCUCCCCACGCAAUGUCUCCCUUAAGUUUCUCAAAGCCUCCCUUUAUUCCUUUCCUCGUUUGAGGAAGGGGGUCCUGGGUGUAUUCUCCUUGUGUUAGAAACAUUCUACGUUGCAAACGUGUUCCAUUUUUGACACUGAGAAUACUGAACGUGUAAGGAAAGACUUUUUGUGUUUGUUUAACAUUGUGGCAUUGGGGUUCUGGAUUAAACGAUUUCUUGUGAAAUCACCGUUUAAAAAGCUGCUGCCAGUUGGCUAAGACGUUCUCUUCCCAAACUGCCCUGUGACGGCCACGGGGCUUUGUCUUGCUUCAUAGAACAGGGGCAUUGUAAUUUUACAGUAGUGUUCUAAUUACAGUGAUGUACUUUAGACUCACGCCUUGUGAUUCAAAUGUGUUAUAAAGACAUUCUUGCACCGUGUAUGUGGUAAAUCUCCAUUUAUAUGUGGGGGGGGGAUUUUUUUUUCUCACUGAAUAAUGCUUUCAUGAUAGGGUAUUAUGAUAGAAUGUAAAAACAAAUUGGUUCUUCAGCAGUUACAGGACAUAAACGAUACGUGUGCUAUCAGGAAACCCCUUCAGACUUUGUACAGAAUUGCAGUCUAGUGAAAUAAAUAUAUGCGAUGGACAGUU